AUGCUGAGGAUCUCCAUUGUUCCAGACACAAAUGUUUUUAUAUCACAUCUGGAAGUAAUCAAGAGACUCUAUGAAGACGAGUUUCCUGUAGAUGUUAUUAUGUCUAUAUCGAAAGUUGUCCUAAGAGAGUUGGACUAUAACAAGAAAAAGAAGGUGGAGGCCAGAGAGGCCAUAAGAUUUCUGGAGAAGGUAUAUAAUGCUCCAAUAACCGAGCUAGAGGGAAGAUUGAAAGACAGUACAAUGGAUCUUGUGGACACCACCAAGUUGAUACAGAACACAAAGAACAACGAUGAUGAGAUUUUGAACUUUGCAUCUAAGCAAGUUCAUCCUGUGAUACUGACUGACGACAAGGCCUUCCAUCUCAAGUCUAAAUGCUACAACAUUGCGUCUAUUCUUGUACACGACCUGGCAUAUGAAGAUCUCAAAUUUAAGAUUUUAAAGAUCUACACUGGAGUCGAGCCGAUGGACAUUGACGAAGACAGUAAUAGACCAGACGAAGAUGAACAGAUGAAAGAGCAAAUUCGAGACAAGCUUUUUCCUGUAGUGCUGACAAUAAUGGAAAAGGGAAUAGGUAAGCCAUACGCUCUUUUCUUCCCAAACGAUUUAAGAAUGAUAACUCUUGAUUUCCUUUUGGACCUGAUAAUAAAGGAAAACUAUCUGUUUCGUCCCUAUCUUCCAAGAAGAUCCAAGGAAGUAGUCCAAAGCUUAAGGGAAAGAAUUAAAAAUGCUCAUGGAGAAGAGCUUCACAGCCUAGGCUCCGAGCUUUUGAUGCUGUUUAGGAUCGUGUAUUAG